AACCAUUCUGCUUCGCCUCUCACCUACGACGAAGGCCUCGCCAGCACUGCUGCAAAGAUUGCCGCGACAUGCAACUUCGAGCACCAGAUGGAUGUCGAUGGCGGUGGAUACGGCCAAAACCUUGCCGCUGGGACCACUGCUGAAGCGAUUGGCGAUGCCAUCACUGACAUGUGGUACAACGGCGAGGUCGUAUACUUCGCCAACGACUAUGGCCAGCCAGACCCAGACAUGAGCAACUUCGAGAAAUGGGGACACUUCAGUCAGAUGGUCUGGAACGCUACUGAGAAGGUCGGCUGCGCUACUCAGUCUUGCCCCGGCGGCGUACAGAACGCCGCAGGCAUUGACACCCUCACAGUCUGCAACUACAGCCCUGCCGGUAAUGUUGCUGGCCAGUACGGCGACAACAUUGGUACCCCCAAGGGCAUGUCA